GUAAUCAUCUCUUACUCUUCAGCCUGAUGUCAAAAGCAAAAGUUCAGAAGUUCCUCAUCAAUAAGGAGUCCUUGGGAGCAGGUGAAGCUCAUCUAACUAGGCAUUUCUAUGAUGUGGCUGCUUUUAACAACAACUUGUUUGAUCUGUGGAACUUUAAAUGUUGGUGGAUUCCUUGAUUUGGAAAAUGAAGUGAAUCCUGAGGUGUGGAUGAAUACUAGUGAAAUCAUCAUCUACAAUGGCUAUCCCAGUGAAGAGUAUGAAGUCACCACUGAAGAUGGGUACAUACUCCUUGUCAACAGAAUUCCCUAUGGGCGAAGACACAUUAGGAGCACAGGUCCCCGGCCAGUUGUGUAUAUGCAGCAUGCCCUGUUUGCAGACAAUGCCUACUGGCUUGAGAAUUAUGCCAAUGGAAGCCUUGGAUUCCUUCUAGCAGAUGCAGGUUAUGAUGUAUGGAUGGGAAACAGUCGGGGAAACACUUGGUCAAGAAGACACAAGACACUCUCAGAGACAGAUGAGAAAUUCUGGGCCUUUAGUUUUGAUGAAAUGGCCAAAUAUGAUCUCCCAGGAGUCAUAGACUUCAUUGUAAAUAAAACUGGUCAGGAGAAAUUGUAUUUCAUUGGACAUUCACUUGGCACUACAAUAGGGUUUGUAGCCUUUUCCACCAUGCCUGAACUGGCACAAAGAAUCAAAAUGAAUUUUGCCUUGGGUCCUGUGAUCUCAUUCAAAUAUCCCACGGGCAUUUUUACCAGUUUUUUUCUACUUCCAAAUUCCAUAAUCAAGGCUGUUUUUGGUACCAAAGGUUUCUUUUUAGAAGAUAAGAAAAAGAAGAUACCUUCUAUCAAAAUCUGCAACAAUAAGAUACUCUGGUUGAUAUGCAGUGAAUUUAUGUCCUUAUGGGCUGGAUCCAACAAGAAAAAUAUGAAUCAGAGUCGAAUGGAUGUGUAUAUGUCACAUGCUCCUACUGGUUCAUCAAUACAGAACAUUCUGCAUAUAAAACAGCUUUACCAAUCUGACGAAUUCAGAGCUUAUGACUGGGGAAAUGAAGCCGAUAAUAUGAAACAUUACAAUCAGAGUCAUCCGCCUAUAUAUGACCUGACUGCCAUGAAAGUGCCUACUGCUAUUUGGGCUGGUGGACAUGAUGUCCUUGUAACACCCCAGGAUGUGGCCAGGAUACUCCCUCAAAUCAAGAGUCUUCAUUACUUUAAGCUAUUGCCAGAUUGGAACCACUUUGAUUUUGUCUGGGGCCUUGAUGCCCCUCAACGGAUGUACAGUGAAAUCAUAGCUUUAAUGAAGGCAUAUUCCUAAAUGCAAUGCAUUUACUUUUCAGUUACAAGUUGCUUCCAAGCCCAUAAGGGACUUUAGAAAAAAUAGUAACCAACAAUGAUGUUGUCCCCCUGGGAGAGAUGCACAAUGGAGUCUGUUUUCCAAGUUAAUUGUGUUAGUGUUAUUUAUGUUUAGAGACAUCUUUGCAUGGGACCAUCUACAGGUCCUUAUAAACAAUGAGGUAGAUUGGGCAAAAAAUAAAUAAGUUGCCACUCUGAUAUUUAAGUCUAAUUAAAUUGUAAUUUUUAGGGCGUACCAUGAAGUAUAGAAAUGUCUAAAGCUUCAAAGGAACAAUUCCUUUAAGGUCCUAUAUGGAAACCUCUAUUGUCAUUUUAUUUAUAUGGGUUGCUACGGCAAUGGACAGAGUGUGGGAUUAGGAGGGCCUGUAGCUUCUUUAUAAAAGUUUCUUAGCUAUCCUGAAGAUAUACCAGACAUUUUUACUUUUUAGGUAUUUUCAACAUGAGAAAUUCAAAAAAGUCCCCAAAGAUUCUUCCAGAGAAGCCAUCUCCUCUUAUAAUCUUAUCCCUGGCUAUCUGGGUAAACGGAAUCUUGAACCCAUAAUAGGAUACAUGCAUAAAAUCUUUCUUAUUUAAGCAGAAAUAAAUUCUA